CACCUUUCCCAGCUCUUCUUCUAAAAGGCAUCAUCACAUCACAUCACUUCUUGAGGAAGAUAUGAUGGGUUGUUUAUCUACUUUACUUCUACUAUCUUUCCUUGCUUUUGCUUCUUUCUCCGGUGCAGAAAUCUCAUCUAAGGUAGGAAUAUGCUACGGACAACUUGGGAACAACCUCCCUAUACCAACAAAAUCAGUUGACUUAAUCAAUGGUCUCAAAGCCAAUAGAGUCAAGAUCUACGAUGCAAACCCAGAAAUCCUUAAAGCCUUCAAAGGCACAAAACUUCAACUUUCAGUCAUGGUCCCAAAUGAGCUUAUCAACAACAUCUCUACAAAUCAAGACUUAGCAGAUCAAUGGGUCAAAACCAAUGUUGUACCAUUUUACCCCGACACUAUGAUCCGUUACGUCCUUGUUGGAAACGAAAUCCUAAGUAGCCCACCCAACACCACUUGGUUCAACCUUGUACCUGCCAUACGCAAAAUCAGAUACGCUGUCAAAAAAUUUGGUCUCGGAAAAAUUAAAGUUGGUACCCCAUUAGCUAUUGAUAUGCUUGAAUCUUCUUUCCCACCUUCUAAUGGUACAUUUAGGUCCGACAUUUCGGAAAAAGUUAUGAAACCCUUGUUACAUUUUUUGAACCGAACCAAAUCAUUCUUUUUCAUAGAUGUUUAUCCUUAUUUUGCUUGGGCAGCUCAACCUACAGUAAUUAAUCUUGACUAUGCUUUGUUAGAGUCCAAGAAUAUUACCGUUACGGAUCCGGGUUCGGGUUUAACCUAUACGAAUUUAUUGGACCAAAUGAUUGAUGCAGUGUAUUUCGCUAUGAAGAGAGUGGGCUACCCGGAUGUUCGGUUAUUUAUUGCAGAAACGGGUUGGCCCAAUGCUGGUAAUGUAGACCAAAUUGGAGCGAACAUCUAUAAUGCAGCAACGUACAACAGGAACGUGAUUAAAAAGUUUACAGCUAAGCCACCUGUGGGAACGCCAGCAAAACCAGGAGUUGUCGUGCCGACAUUAUUGUUUGCUUUGUACAACGAGAAUGAGAAACCGGGUCCGGGUACGGAACGGCAUUUCGGGUUACUGUAUCCGAACGGGACGAAUAUAUACGGGAUUGACUUGUCUGGAAAGACGUCGUUGUCGGAAUAUGAACCAUUGCCAAGGCCGAAGAACAAUGAGCCGUACAAGGGGAAAAUCUGGUGCGUUGUUGGGAGAAAAGCGAGUGUAACGGAAGUGAGUGGAGCAUUGGCAUAUGCAUGUGGGCAGGGUAAUCGGACCUGUGAUGAGAUCCGACCCGGUGGGAAAUGUUACAAACCGAAUUCUUUGGUGUUACAUGCGAAUUACGCGUUCAGUUCUUAUUGGGCUCAGUUUAAGUCAGCUGGAGGAACUUGUUAUUUCAAUGGGCUUGCUAUUCCGACCAAAAGUGAUCCAAGUUAUGGAGCUUGCAAGUUCCCAAGCGUCACAAUUUGAAGAUUGCGGGGAUGGGUGUCGCGUUUUUGCGGGGAACGUCAAAAGAAGUUUAGGUGACAGACACAUCGCGAUGAGACAAAGCCGCGCCUUUUGUUUUUCUAUACGUUAGUAUACAGAAUAAACAGAGUUAAGUUGUUUUAUUAUUCUUAUUCUAUUGAUCCAACAAUUUAGAUUUGUUUUGUCCUACUCUAUUCUGCCGUAUAGAAGAACGGUUUCUACUUUCUACCUAGAACAUUGUAAGAGAAACAACUGGUUCCACAUUAAUAGCAAGCAAUUAAUAGUAGUGUAGGGGACUUAAUAAGAGCUGUUAUUUAUUUUCACAGGACCACAAAUCCACUUCUCAUAAAAUUUGUACUUUGUACUGUAUAUUUUCUUGUAUUUUAUGCAUUAUUUUUCUUGA